UCCUUUCGCCGCAGGGCUGGGCGGCGGAGCGGGCGGGUCCACUUUGGUUCCUCCCCUUUUUCUUCCCGAGGAGAGAGAGCGAGAGAGGCGCCUCUGCCGCUUGGCUGUGUUUGCUUGUUGUUAUUUGGUUUGACGCGCCCGUCCGUCCCGGCUUCGUUCCAGCGAUGCCGCGGCGCUGAGCUCUUCGACUUCGGGUUGCCUUUUCAGGAUGUAUACGGCAGGGCUGGCUCCCUUCUACGCCUCCAACUUGAGCUUGUGGUCCGCGGCGGCGUAUUGCAGCCCCGGCGGGUCGGGCGGCUGCUUCAACUUGGAGCCGUCGGGGCUCAAGAAGCCGUCUUUCUGCAUCGCGGACAUCCUGCACGCCGCGGCCGGAGGGGAAGCCUCGGGGCUGGAGGGGCUGCCGCUGGGCGCCGCCGUCCACGCGCAUGCGCAUUUCCACGCCGCCGCCGCCGCCGCCGCCGCCUCUUCUUCUCCGCUCCGGCCCACGCCGCUCGUGGCCCCGGAGCCCGCUUUCCAGGCCCGGCUCUCGCCCCUUUCGGCGCCUUACCCGCCUCCUCCUCCUCCAGGAAGGGGCCAAGCGCCUCCCCUGGCCCCUUCCAGCAAGGACUUGAAGUUUGGCAUUGACCGCAUCUUGUCCGCCGAGUUUGACCCGAAGCUGAAGGAAAGCAACACGCUCAGAGAUCUGACCUCCUUGUUAAGCUCCAGCCGCCCAAGCGGGCUCCACGGGCCCCCCGCCUUACCGCCUCCAGCCGGCCAGUUCUUCGCCUCCUUAGAGCCCAUAAACGAGACCACUUCCGGAAUCUUGGGCCCCUUAAACGCCACCCCAAGGAGUUCAGUUCCGCACCAGUUUCAGGACACUUUUCCAGGUCCCUAUGCGGUGCUCACCAAAGACACUCUGCCUCAGACCUACAAAAGGAAACGCUCCUGGUCCCGGGCGGUGUUUUCCAACCUCCAAAGGAAAGGGCUGGAGAAACGCUUCGAAAUCCAGAAAUAUGUCACCAAACCGGACAGAAAGCAGCUGGCCGCCAUGCUAGGACUCACCGAUGCCCAAGUCAAGGUCUGGUUCCAGAACCGGCGCAUGAAGUGGCGCCACUCAAAGGAGGCGCAGGCGCAGAAGGACAAGGAGAAGGAGCCCUCGGAGAAGGAGCCGGUAGGGGGCGCCAUGCCCAACGCGGAGGCCCCGGAGCGCAGCCCCAGCCGCUCGGAGGGCGCCGAGGAGGAGAGCGAGAGCAGCGAGGCCGAGUCCUUCGACCUGGAGCCCGGCAGCGACGAGGCGGAGCCGCGGACGGAGAGCGGCGCCACCGCGGAGCAGGCCCUGCCGCAGCAGCUGCCACGGCACAGCCACGAAUCCUCGGACCCUGCCGCCUGCCCCGAGGCGCCCCCAGGCCUGGACCACAUCAGGGAGCCCUUACGGUGCCCCGAGCAGCCUCCUUUCGGCCUGCGGGACUCCCCGUGACUGCCUUCCUGCCAGCCUUGGCUGGGAAGACGCCCCUGAGCCCAGCCUUGGAGAGAUCGCGCCCUCUUGAGAACUGUGGCCUGGUAACCCCGAAACUGGGGUUGGACGGGAGAGAAGAGGGUUAGCAAGCCCUCUUUUCAGGAAUGGGGUGGACGGGCGGUCAGAGGCGACUGACUCUCAACUGCUUGCUGGGACUCACCUUUGGACUGGGAAGGGAUCCGAGGUAGCUUCCCUAGUUAAGGAGGACGCGGAGUGUAAGGGAGAGCCAGGUCGAAGGUCUCUUCCAUCCCUGGCUGCGGAAGGACUACGCUUCCCAUGCGCCUCCUGACUCUUCCAACCCCCCCCCCCCCCCCCCCGCACCAUCCGCAACGGGAAGCAAGCGUGUCCCUUCCCUCUUACCCUCCCGGCCAUCGCCAAAUGUGUUGCUUUGUACAAUCUGGCCAGGAGAGAAGGGAGAACAAGAGAGACGCGGAUAGUAAAUAAAUGGGUUGUUGAAUUCGUGGCGCCUGUUUUUGCGACUAGAAAGAACAGGGUUGGUUCUUCUAAGAGGGGAAGGCAACUGGGGAGGAGGGUUUGGGGUACGAAAAUGGCCUGGAGGGGUCGCCUGAGUCUGCACUUCGCUCAUCCUCAAGAGAAGAUAAAAGGAACAUGGGUCAGUUUAGAUCAGGCAUGGGCAAACUUGGGCCCUUCAGGCGUUUGGGACCUCAGCUCCCACAUCUGGAGGGCCCAAGUUUUACCCAUGCCUGGUUUAGACUUAUAAUGCAGUUUGAAUUGAUAUGGGUCUAUGUUGUUGUUCUUUAUUCCUUCAGUCCCUUCCGACUCUUCUCUGUCGCCUUCGCCACCCCCAUCUCCUUCAAGGUCAAGCCAGUCACUUCUAGGAUCCCUUUCUUCCAUCUUGCCCCUUCCUUUUUCCUUUCAUUUUUCCCAUCAUCAUUAUCUUCUCCAAGCUUUCCUGUCUUCUCAUUAUGUGGCCAAAGUACUUCAUCUCUGCCUCUAAUAUUCUUCCCUCAAGUGAGCAGUUGGGCUUUGUUUCCUGGAGAAUGGACUGGCUGGGUCUUCUUGCAGUCCAAGGCACUCUCAGGAUUUUCCUCCAGCACCACAGUUCAAAAGCUCCUUACCUCCUUCCGCUCAGCUUUCCUUAUGGCCCAGCUCUUGCAUGCAUGGGUUAAUAUGGGGAAUACCAUUGCUUUAAAACUAUGUUCUCGAGAUUGAUCUUUGCUCUCCUCUAAUUUUCGAGCCUAGAAGUACCCCUCUAUUUGCCAGUCAUCAAUCAGUCUAGCCCCCCCCCCCGCACAAUGGGUUAAAACCUUGUGCAGGCAGGACUGUUGACUUGAAGGUUGGAUUGCUCACCUGAAGAUUGUCGGUUCCAGUCCAACCCGGGAGAGCUUGGAUGAGCUUCCUCUGUCAUCUCCAGCUCCAUGCAGGAACAUGAGAGAAGCCUCACACAAAGAUGGUAAAACAUUGACAAUAUCCGGGCGACGUAGCAAUUCUCUCACACCAGAAGUGACUUGCAGUUUCUGAUCCUCCUCGCUUUCAGCCAUCUAAGUGGUACUGUCUGCAUAUCUAAGGUUGUUAAUGUUUCUUUCAGCAAUUUUAACUCUAGCCUUGGAUUCAUCAAGGCCAGUAGGUUGCAUGUGUUCUGCAUACAAGUUGAAUAAGUAGGGUGAGAGUAUACAGACUUGCCUGGUUCCUUGGCCUGUUUUUACUGUUGCUACUUGGUGGUUAUACAGAUUCCUCAGGAGACAGGUGACUUGGUAUCCCCAUACCACCAAGAACUUACCAUAAUUUAUUUUGAUUCACACAGUCAAAGACUUUAGAACAGCCAAUAAAACAAAAAUAGAUGUUUUUCUGAAAUGCAAUAUAAUGCAGGAAAGAAUGUUUCUGGAACAUGGCCGUACAGCCCGGAAAACUCACAGCAACCCAGUGAUUCCCGCCUUGGACACCACCUCAAACUGCACUGUUUAACUGUAAGCAGGCACAGCUUUAAUAUGGAUUCCAGAGAGAAACUGUUCUCACAGACCAAUAUUAUCUUCACUCCCCAUCUGGCAUGGCUUUCAUGUGCAGUGGAGGAAUUGUCCUCUAUCUUUAAUAUCUUCAGCAACACAAAUACAUUGCCCAUAUGCAACUGCAUUUAAAUAAAAUUAAAAGUCAUCCUAUUAAUUCCCUUUGAAACAGCUGUCUGUUGGUUCAUUGAGCCUGGAAGUUGCCUCAGUCCAAAGCAUGCUGCCCUACAAAUACUUGUAAGAUAGUGAGUGAUACAAAACACCCAGCACUACCCAAGGUCUCUGAGCAACUGGACCAAAUCCCAUGUCUGUUGAUUUGAAAGGAAGUUUAUUUUAAGUUACAUGUGAUAGGAAUAAGCCAUCUUAGCCUUCACACUUACCUGGGGCAGGGAAUAAAUCCCAUCCACUGCUGUGGGAGUGACUUCUGAAUGUACAGAAAUAAUAUUUCACAGAUUUGGAAAGGAUAUUGUGAGUCUUCGACUUCUAACCUCUAAAACAGUGGUUCUCAACCUCUGGGUCCCCAGAUGUUUUGGCCUUUAACUCCCAGAAAUCCUAAUCACCUGGGGACCCCCAAGUUGAGAAACACAGCUCUAAAAUACCCUACUUCCUGAGAGCUGACCAUUCAACCAUGGUUUUAAAACCUCCAAGGAGGCCUUUAAAACCAUAGUUGGGGGCCCACCACCCUUCCAAGGCAGUCUAGUCCAUCCACACUUUUUAAUGUAUGACUUCUGGGGCUCAAUAAGAUCCAUAUUUGAAAGACUACAACACAAUGGGAGGUGGGGGUGGAAUGUAUGAUAAAACUAGUGGGAUGGAUGGAGAGGAGUCCAUUCCCACAAUGUAUUCCAAGGAUGGUCAUUAUAACUGGGAAUAAAAAUUGAGAUUGCAAUUAAGCGAAGCCCCUACAACUCUCCCACCUCAAACAAAAUUAUAAGACAAAAAGAAUGACUUCAGAGAAAAUAGGUUCAGCAUAGGAACCCUGAUGUGGACUUUCUCUUUCAGAAAUCUAAAGGGGGAAACAACUAUCUGUAUGCAUCUAUGGAGACCUAUCAGUCUUCAACAGCCAUAUAAACAAGGAUUAAACUGAAACUAUUUGUUGUUUUGAAAUCUUGGGGGAAGGUCUGUUGCAUUUCCAGACUUCUUAGUGGUUAUCAGUGGUGUUUCUAAUCAGUAAUGGAUAUGACCUGGCUGGAUUUGCUUUUCAUAUCAAUCAUUUUUGUGUCCCCGACAGACGUGGCACCUUAAAGACCAACCAGUGUAUUAUAUGUAUUUGUAAAAGGCUGAGUUGACGUCAGGGGAUCAAACGAAUAUCAAGUUCACAUCUGGGCUAUAACCUUCUCCUAAUAAAGGCAUUGCCUAUCUUGUGGA